UGUUCUGAACUUGAAGCCCCUUCACCGGAGAUUCAGACCGAAGCUUGUCCAGAUUAUGACAGUGUACCCAAAGACGAAGCCGACCUGCAUGAUCAAGGAGCUAAUAUUAAACAGGAUGCUAAAUGUGAUUCGCAUAGAAAUGUUCAUAUGGUUGAGGUGGAUGGAAAAUCAGUGAAACUUCAGGGGAUUCUAUCGAGAGGAAUUAUCACAGACGUGUGGGCGGGCAAGCUAGACGUUGCAGUUAAAACCCUCAAGCCUGGUCGGAUGACGCAAAAAGCUUUCCUGGAGGAGGCCGAACUGAUGUAUCGUCUGCGUCACCCGAAGCUUGUCCAGUUGAUAGCCGUCUGCACGAAGCCGUCCCACAUAAUCACAGAGCUCAUGGUGAAUGGUGCACUUCUAGAUUACCUUCGGAAGGACCAAGGCAGAACAAUCACGUUUAAUAUCAUUACUAACAUGGCUGGACAGAUCGCUGAUGGCAUGGCAUAUUUGGAGGCUGAGAAUUGUGUACACCGCGACCUUCGUGCGGCCAAUAUUCUGGUUGGGGAGCACCAUGAGGUCAAGGUCGCAGACUUCUUUCGCGCUCGAUUCAUUCAGGAUGAUUUCUAUGAGGCACCUGAAAACACUAUUUUGCCUACCAAAUGGAUUGCCCCCGAGGCUGCAUUUGAUCGCAAGUUCAGUAUCAAGUCAGACGUCUGGUCAUAUGGUGUUCUACUGUAUGAGUUAAUCACAUUUGGCAGUGUACCAUAUCCAGGUAUGAACAGUCAUGUGGUGCUAAACCGGGUCAAGAAGGGCUUCCGCAUGCCCCGCCCUACUGAUGGUCCCAUCCCCUGUCCUGACCCCUACUAUGAGCACAUGCUCAAGUGCUGGAACCGAUCGCCCGAGACCAGACCCAACUUUGCUUACCUUCAGGACUUCUUCAACAGCUAUAUGUUGUCCGCUGAAGGAUAAUAUAAGCCUAUGGAUUAGGAAAGAGAGUUAUAAUCAAAUCAACAAUGAACUGUACAGUAUAAUCCGAUGGACUUGGGAAGGACAAAUUUAUUCCUCAAUCCUGCUUGAUUAAAGCAGGUAGCCAUUCAACACUUUCGCCAUCCUUCCAGACUUCUUCAACAUUUAUUAUUUGUUCGAAAAAAACGAAAUGUUUGCCAGUUGUCUAGGGUCAUGACUUCACAAGUUCAAUGAAGUUGUACAGUGAUGAAGCUGAAAACAUAUGAGCCGUGCUCUGUGAAAAGGGGGUUUAAUGCAUGUGCGUAAUGUGUCGUCUCAGAUUAGCCUGUGCAGUCCGCACAGGCUAAUCAGGGACGACACUUUCCGCUUUUAUGAUAUUUUUCGUUUAAAGAAAGUCUCUUCUUAGCAAAAAUUAUGUUUAGGCGGAAAGUUCCUUUAUACACAUGCAUUAAACCCCCUUUUCACAGAGCACGGCUCCUAGUUUUUCUGACUGCAGCUGAAUUACAGAUAAUGUGUUCAUGCACAUGGAAUU